AUGGAGUUUUCAAAUACUAUAACCUGUAGUCAUUACAACAAUAAGCAGAAAAUACUUCUGGUUGGAGAAGGAGACUUCUCUUUUUCUUUAUGUCUAGCCAAAGCUUUUGGUUCGGCUACUAACAUCACUGCAACUUCGCUUGAUACUCGAGAGGAAUUAGAGCAGAAGUACAAGGAUGCCAAGAAUAACGUAGAAGAGUUGGAGCGACGUGGGUGCACCGUGAUUCACGGUGUUAAUGUUCACUCCAUGGAUAAAGAUCAUCGCGUGGUCCGGUUGAUUGUAUAUGAUAGAAUCAUAUUCAAUUUUCCUCAUCAAGAAGUGGUGAAAGGCUUUUUACGAAGUGCCAGAGAGUUAGUUAAUGCCAUUGGAGAGAUUCAUGUGACCCAUAAGAUAGCACAUCCAUUUACCAAUUGGAAUAUCAAGACUCUUGGUGAAGAAAGUGGUUUGUAUUAUGUCAGGGAAAUGAAUUUUGAAACCUGUCAGUAUCCAGGUUACUCCAACAAGAGAGGAAGUGGAAUUGACUGGGACGCUAGCUUCCCUGUUGGAUUAUCUUCUACUUUCAUGUUUAGGAAGCACUGGUAUCUUUGUUGA